CGCACCUGGCUCUCAAACCCAAACCCCCGCCGUUGUUGUCCCCGUCCAAAACGGAGUAGCGGCAGCCCUUUCCAUCGCCGUCCCCUCCCAUCCAUCAUCGCCGCCGCGGCUUGGCUGCUAUUUCCGGAGUGGAGUGGCACGCGGGCAUGGAGGCCGACGAGAGCCGGCGGGGGAAGGACCCGGCGGCGCUGAACGGGGGCCACCUCUGCCACGUCUGCGGGUACCAGUACCCCAACCCUCACCCCAGCGCCAAGCUCCGCCGCUCCCACCGCAAGCACUGCAAGGCGCCGCUGCCGCCGCCGGCGGCGGAGGCCGGAGAAGCGGUUGCGGAGGUCGUUGAGGAAGCCGUCGCGGGGGUGGCCGUUGCCAUGGGCGAGCGGAAAGAGGGCGGCGCCGCGGCGCGCAAUGCGGCGGAGAGGACGCCGCUCGGUGGGGGAGGAGGAGGACAGCGAGAGGGGAUUGGUGCGCGGGAGGCGAAUGGAGGAGGCGCUGCGGUGCGUGGAUUUGCGGGAGGAGUUGACCGUUCGGUGGAGGACAAGGUGACUGCAGAACAUGCUUCUCCUGGUACUGGAACUCAAACUGAACUAAGUGAAAACAACUGCCUGAUUAAUUACAGCAACAAUGAAAGUGCUGCUGCUGAAGAUACUGGAACUCAAACUAUCACCAGUGGAUUAAGUCAAAAUGGCCUUCUCAAUCGCAGCAGCAAAUCUAUUGAAAAUGUAAAUGAAGGCAAUGGAACUGAAUCACAGAUUGCUUGCACUAAUGGAAGCCAAACUAAAGUGGAACGUCCAGCUGAGCGAGAAGACAGUUUUGAUGACUACCAGGAUGCAUCUCCGUUUCUUCAUCAACCAGAUUCUGAAGAUGGUGCAGCACCAGGUUCUGUAUUUUCUACAGAAAUCAAUAAUUUGAAUACUGUUUCAUCAGAAUCAAGUGUAGCUGCAAAUGAAAUUUCUGUUGAAACAAAUGGAUUAUGCAAAGCUCAAUUUCCUGGAGAACCAAAUAUGAGAGAUUUAUCUUCUGACUCCAAUGUUGGAUAUAAUUUGGAGGAUGGAGCUCUUAGAUUGGCUGAACCUCACGUGAAGCUUGGGAGUCCAUAUGAACACUCUGUGAAUGUUGACAACACUUAUACUGAUAUGGUUAACAGUAAACCUGAUAAAACUGGUCAUAGUGAGAUGAUUGGUCAUUUGAAUGCUUCAUCCCUUCAGGAAGCCCAUCCACUUAUUUUGGAACCAGAAUCAGAGUCUACAAACUCACGAAAGGUGGAAGAUUUUAUGGAAGAUGGAUUGCAUGUUUCGCAUACCAUGUCUGAAGCAUCACCAAUACCAGAUACUGUUCAGUUGGAAACAAUAACCAAUCCUAGCACUAACACCAUGCCAAUUGGAAGCGACCUGAAGGUCGUAUGCACUGAUAAUGCUCCCAUAGAUUGCUCCACAGAGCUCCCCACACAGAACUCGACUGUUGAGGACAUAUCAGAUGAUCAUGAGCCUGUUGAGAAUUCUUGCAAGAAAAGUUUAGAAUGCCCCACAGCUAGUUUUCAGUACGAUCUUCCUGUUACUAAUGUGGAUGAUAUUCCUACCACUAAUGUGAAUGAUCUGGAAUUCACCUUUGAGGAGAGGCCACUACCAAAUAUCAUUGAAGAAAAUCCUUCCAUAGAGAAGACUAAUGGAUUCACUAAAGAGGAUGUCCACAACAAACAGAUUGACCCUGAGAUUUGUGCUGAAGAUCAACUUUCUCUGACUCAGAAACAUGCCACUUUACUAAAGGAUCAAGCAUCUUCUGUCAAGAAUCCAUUUAAUCUAGAUGAUGACAGGAAUGAUGAUUUGUUUGAACUUCCCACUGACAGCUGCUACUUGGAGGUACCAAAUUCUGUUGAAUUGAGACCACAAGUUGACUCUACAUCCCUGAUGGUGGAUCAACCAACAGUCUCUAACCUAACUAGGAUGGCUGAAGCACAACAAUGCCGUAACUCAAAUGAAUGCAUAUUAUCCACGUCAAGUGCUGUAGAAAAUGGUGAAGUAAUCGGUCCGGAAGACAUGCCUAUCAGCACAAGUUCUGAACUUGUGAGCAAGACUUGCUCAACUGACCAUAGCCUGCAGGAAGAUGGACAUAAAAAUGGUGUCAUCUUUGUGCCAUCUCAGACAACCUCCAUGGAGUUCAGUACAGUAUCUAUGCAGGUUAUCAGUGCAGUCAGUGCAGAAGUUGAAGAAAAUAUGCAAGCCAAAGAUGCUAGUGCAAAGGAGAUGAUUGCAGUACGAAGCAUAGAUGGUAUGGAACAGGCUACUAGCACCACUGCAAAGAAUGGAUAUGCUGCUAAUGUUGAAGAAAAGAAGCCGACUGAAGGCAGUGCUGCAGAGAUGAAUGAGGUACAACACUCGGAUCAUGCUGAUGAAGAGAAGCAGGCUGGCGGUACAGAGUUGAGUUCAGUGCAGAGCAUGGGAAAUCUUGAAGAAAAUAAGCAGACUGAUGACACAGAUGCAAAGGAGAUGAAUGCACGGUUCAAUGGGGAUGAUGUUGAAGACAAAAUGCAGAAGACCGAUGGCACCAGUGCAGAGAAGAUGAAUGCAGGAGGCACAGAUGAUUCUGAAGUAAAGAUGCUUGCCCAAGGCACAACUGCAAAGGAGGUGACUGCUGAACAAAGCACAGAUACUGUUGAAGAGAAGCAGCAGCUGCAGCAGCAGCCAAAUGGCAUAGUUGGUCAAGAGGGGAACAGCACCAAGCAGAACGAAGAGAUUGCCGCCCCAGGCGCCCGGCUGAACUCUGGAAGAGUCCACGUCCCUCUGAAGGUCCUCCUGGCCGAGGCAAGCGCGGAGAACCAAGUGAAGAAGCCCAGCACCAAGGAGCGGGUGCUGUCGUUCCGGCGCCGGGUGUCCAAGGAUGGCAACUCGUCGGGGUCUCCUAAAUCGGGCUCCGACGACCACCACUGGAGCUCCCCUGUCAAAUUGCCACGCAAGGAUGUUGACAAGAGUUCCAAAGGAAGGAAGCAGCCGUGGAUGCCGUUCAUCUGCUGCCACUCCGUGCGCUGAUGCCGCCUGCUUUCCUGUGGAACGGCGUGCGGUUCGCGACUUUGAGUUAUAUGCCUUUGUCGACAACUCUACAUGUGCCACUGUAACUAACGCUAUCCAUCCUUGUGUAGAUAGUCUGCAACCAAAAUAUGGGUUUGAUACACUGUCGUAGUGUCAGAUAUUUUGAAUCGGUGCGAUUUUGAUGUAUCGCCACCUGACUUUACAGGUCGCCUAGCCAUUGGCUCAUGAAUCUGUCUUGAUGUUCAGAUUCAGACAGUGUUUGUGCGGACUGAACAACCCUCGAAUCUAGUACCGGGUUGGGCUAGCCUGUUGGAAAUUU